ACGAUGACCGAUAUUCAUUAUCAGUCGGAAAAUCAUGACUCGUCUACGUGUGAUAUGGACAGUACUGUAUUUCUGUGUACAUAAACGGAUACUUGCUGCUGGGAAUAACCAAUGUGGAGACUGGGUUCCUCUUUUAGAGUCAUGCUAUCUUUUUUCCGACACCAGAGCUACAUGGGGUGCUGCAAUGGGAAUCUGCAGAGGAUUUCAUGCCGAUCUUGUGUCUAUAGAAUCAAAUGACGAAAACCUGUUAAUAGAGGGACAUUUACAAAACAAACAUCCGCAUGAUGCUGACAAAACAGCAGCUGACUACUGGACCGGUGGAAAUGAUAUUGAAUCUGAAGGAAAUUUCAAAUGGAUCGGAUCGGAGCAGCCGUUUACGUAUACAAACUGGAUGACUGGACAGCCUGAUCCGGCGGAACAGGAUUGUGUGGAGAUUCGCGGAGUCAGCAACUUUAAGUGGCACGAUGAAACUUGCAAUCACUCGCACUUGUUUAUCUGUGAGAAAUCAAUGGGUUCCCCGCCAGAUAUCAUCGGCUGAACUCCCCGAUAUUAAUAGCAAUCACUGUACAUGGAAUAAACACACGGUAUAUAUUCA